CUCUCUCUCCACCCCUUUGCAGGAGUUUGCAGGCCAGGUCACAAGGAAAGCUAAGUUGUCGGUGACAACAAACUAGUCAUUGCUGAACAUUGUGUAAAAUUACCAUUUGGCUUAGAGUUAUAUAAACAAAAAGUUAGUGGUUGGCUUUACAUUUGUGGCUCUCAUGGCCAGAUAUUUGUUUUUGGUUCCUGGCUUCUCCCUGCCCUUUAGUCCUCUCGCUCCUGAAGCCUUUGAAGAGAUCAAAUGCCUCGCUGGUCAAGCUUGGAAACAACGCAUUCAAGAAAAUGCAAAGGGUUCGACAACCUAUGCUGGAGCUUAUGGAAACAAUGGGCCAGAUGCACUGCCUGUCCGUAGCUGCGUCAUCCCCUCGUCUCCUACCAGGGCGCAUAAGCCUCAUCCAACUGAAAUCUUUUUAAUAAACCAGCUUCAUCACCUACCUGGACCUUAUGGCAUUCCAAAACGCAGAGAAGCAGCUCACUUUGGGUUUUGUCCACGUGAAGUGAAGAAAUUUCAAGUGUCUCCAAACAAAGUUAAAUAUAAAGCAGCUGCUGUCGCAUCCCCGGUCACACCACUCGAUGUAAUUCAGCAAAGGAUAAAACAUGGCAAUUUAAAUGUUAUUGCAGGGAGCCAAAGUGGAGAGGGAAAAAAAUUAAUCUCAUCUUCCAGUGAGGAUAUGCUGACUGGCUGGCCUGUGAAAGAGAAUGAUCAUCCCAUUGAGGUGCCAACAGGCAGGGAGGCCGAAGCAUGAUCACCUCUACCAUAACUAGCUGCACAUCUAUGGUAAUAACAAAACCGGGGCAAGCACUUGUUUGCAUCUAAGAAUUGCCUACCGCCAUUAGAAAAGAAGAAGUCAAAUGUGGAAAAGAAACCCAAUAUAAAUGUAUUGACAUUUUUAUGCAAAAAACAUUAUCUAAGGGAGUGGGAUGCAUUUAAUCAAGUUUUGUUUUAUGGUUUAUAUGUGUAUGUAUGUAUAUCUCUAUAUAUCUUCAGUUCAUGAAAAAACUACAUAUUACUAGAAGCAUAUUGCAAAAGAUAAGUGUUGUACAGCAUUAUUUGAUUCUCCAGAGCAGGGGUCCUCAAACUUUUUAAGUGGAGGGCCGAUUCAUGGUCCCUCAGAUUGUUGAGGGGCCGAAUUAUCAUUUGGAAAAAAAAAAAAAACCAAACAAAUUCCUAUGCUUACUGCACAUGUCUUAUUUGUAGUGCAAAAAACCAAAAAACCAAAAAACAAAAAAACACCAGCAACAAUUACUUAUUUAUUUACUACAUUUAUACCCCACCCUCUCUCACCCCGAAGGGGACUCAGAGCGGCUUACAAGUUGUAUGUACAUACAAUAUAUUAUAUUAUUAGCAUAGCACAAUAUUAGCAUUAUAUAUUACUAUAUUGUACUAUACCAUUAUACUGUAAUAUUAUUAGUAAUAUUACAUUUAAUAUAUAAUAUAUAAUUAAUAUUAUUAUAUUGUAUUAUUAUUAUUAGCUGCCCUGAGUCCCCUAUUGGGUGAGAAGGGUGGAGUAGAAAUACUGUAAUAAUAAAUAAAUAAAUAAAUAUUAUAUUGUAUUACAUUAUAAUAUUAUUAUCAAUAUUAUAUGUAUACACAAUAUAUUAUAUUAUUACCAUAUCAUUCAUUUACAAUAUUUCAUUUACAAUAUUGGUAAAUGAAAGAACAAUACAAUAUUUAAAAAUAAAAAUAAUUUUAACCAACAUACUGUAAAUUUAUCAGGAUUUCAGUGGGAAGUGUGGGCCUGCUUCUGGCCAAUCAAGUAGGAUUGUUGUUGUUGUGCCUUCAAGCCAUUUCAGACUUUGGGCGAGCCUAAGUCUAACACUGUGGGCGGGGGCCAGGUCAAUGGCCUUGGAGGGCCGCAUCCGGCCCCCGGGCCUUAGUUUGGGGACCCCUGCUCCAGAGCAUGGAUCCCCAUCUAAGGCCCGCAGGUCGGAUGUGGCCCUCCAAAGUAAUUUAUCUGGCCCCGUCCUAAACUUAGAAUUGCCCUAUAUUUGAAACGACUUGAAGGCACAUAAGAAUCCUAAUUAACUUGACUAUCUCACCAGCAAAAGCAGGCUCACACUUCCCAUUGAAAGCUGCCUAUUGUACCAUCAUCCAAGAUAUGGUGGUUCAUUUUACCAGCCUUUUCCCAAAUACAAUUUAAAGUGACACUUACCUUGAAAGCUCAAACAGCUUAGCAUCCAGUACCUGAAGGACCCCUGCUCUUUUUAUUUUUGACAUGAAUCUUUGAAUAAGGGGUACUAAAGAAAAUUCAGAAGCUGCAAUUGCUCUCCGAGUUAGCCAAAUUAGUGGUAGCAUUUCAAAAGACAGAAGUUAGGAUGAUACAAAUGGUGAAGAAAGCACAACACUUCUGGCCCUUGUUAAUUCAAACAGUAGGACUUCAUACAUUAAAAAGGCCAUUUGAAUCAUGCAUUGAAUUUAAGUUUAUGAAGAGAAACAGAAUCUCGGUAGAUGAUGUAAUAGAUUUACAGUAGAUUGAGAAAUAAGAUUAUGAGUUUAUCAGGACCACACUGCAAUAUUUUAAAAAAUAAAUGACAUAAUGUA